AUGUUGUUCUCAUUAGUCCCUUUCCUACUCAUUGGGAAGGCUCUUGCGAACUACACAGUAACGCAAACAAAUUACGUUACGCCAGAUUGUUUCAGCUACAAGCUCCAAUCUGUUAUACCCUCCAAUGAAUUUGUCGCUGCUGCAACCACAGGAUUUCCUGUUGUUUUCGUUUAUGAAGAUACUUCUAAAGAGCUGCAGGUUGUAUCUUCUGUUGCAGUUUCUUCAUCUACCACCAGUACCUUUACCGUCACUUCUUACACUACGACUACUCAAACAAUCACCUCUUGUUCCAAUGGAGGUUGUGAUUUGAGUACCUCUACUAAAACUGUUCCUUACAUUUAUACAAUCACGACUGUCGUUCCAUGUGUUCAAUCAACUCUGAGUACCGAAGCUACUGGAAAAGCAUCCGUACCAGUGGAUAGCGAAUUGACCGGCUCAUCAACCAAAUCUGGAUCAGAUUCUGGAUCGGGAUCGAAGACUCUGGGUAGUGGUGCUUCUGGAUCGAAAGCACAAACUAGUGGGGCUGCAGGAUCAGAUUCUGAAUCUGACUCGCAAACGAAGAGUAGAGACACUAGUGGCUCAACAACAACUUCAGUGAUCUUCUCAGCAACUUCUACUUCGUCCCCAUCUUCAAGUCCAACAUCUAGUCCAACGACAGGCACAACUGAAAGCAAUCCAUUGGUUACCCAAACUGCUAUUUCACAAUCACAAUCGACUACGAUCGACACAAGUAAAUACACAACCGGUAUUACUAUUGGUGAAAGUACUACCGGAAAGUACUCUAACUCUUCAAUAGCCUCGACCUCGACUGCUUAUAGCGGCGAUCUUUUCAAAGUGAUUGAUACAGCAGCGCCUGACUCAGUCUUCCCUCAGCAAGAUCUCCCACUUGCAAUCCCUGAAGGUGUAGACAAUGACAACGUUCCUUUUGGAACCAACAAGUUUUAUGCUAACCUCUUUUUGGGCGAUCAAACUGAUAUGAUCUUUUCUUACCCAUUCGGAUUCUAUUGGUCUAAGAGUGAUUAUUUCGGAUUCGGGGUUCAACAUACUAUUGCAGCCAAUAGAGUACAUGAUUCUGUUGAAACAAAUAACAAAGACGAUUGGUCAUACUUUUACAACCCUAUUCUUACUGGAGAAAUACUUAUAUCUGCAGAAACAUUGACAUCAUCAGAGAACCACUUGUUUGUAACUAAGGGUACUGAUAUGUCUGUGUUGGUUCAAUUAUCUUCAUCUAGCACGCUUGGUUCUGAUUACAUUGAAAUACCAGUGGUUCAAGGUAUGGGUUUCACUACUGCUAUUUACCACGGCUCCUUAACUGCUGUUAUCAAUUCACAAGUAGGAUUUACCUUGGUUGAGGAGGUAGAAACACAACCCCAAGAAGUUCUUCCAAUCACCCUGUCCAAAUACCGUGCAACAUUGGCCAAUGGUGCGCAGUGGUUAAUAUAUGUCACCAUUCCAGCUUCUUCACCAAAGAGAUCUAUUUUAGAUUUUACGUUCACUAGCACUGAUUCCCUGAAACUUACUGCUUCAGAAUCCAUUGAUGGAUUAAUUAUUCAGUAUGCAGUUGCACCAUCUGAUCCAAAUGAUGAAUCUUACUAUGACCAAGCUGCGGGUUUAUACGUCACAAGUGCUAGCGUUAGCGGCUCUGUCGUAGAUGGUACGGAGGCCAAUUACGAAUUCACCUAUGAAACUUCAGGGUCCUCGAAUUCAGGAAAGACCAUUCUUUUUGCUCUUCCUCAUCAUGUUGAGUCUAUGACUUCUGCAACUGUGCAAGCUAGUACCGGACUUUCUCUCUCUUCAACCACAAAGGGUGAAAUGUACGGUUAUCUUGCAAACUCUUUAUCAUUUUCUGAAACCUUGAAUACCAAUAUUCAGUUCUUACCAUGGUCUCAAGCUGCUACCUCAGCGCUCUCCUACUCUGCUGAGCAGCUAAAUUUAUUGGCAGAAGUUGCAAAUGAUGAUCUCAGUGUUGAUAUCGCAUCAACAGUCGCAAGCAUGGACUCUAAUUAUUACUCAGGAAAGGUCAUUGAUAAAUAUGCCUACAUCUUAUUGGUUGUAAACGACAUUUUACAGGAUGAAGACGUUGCUAAAUCCACAUUAGCCUCGUUAAAGGACGCAUUUGCACCAUUUAUUGCAAACACGCAAUACUAUCCAUUGAUGUAUGAUACUAGAUACGGUGGUGUUACAUCAACUGCAAGCAAUGAUGGUGAUACAACCUUGGACUUUGGCUCGGGAUACUAUAAUGAUCAUCAUUUCCAUUACGGAUACUUCGUACAUGCAGCAGCAAUUGUCGGUUACGUUGAUAAGAAGUAUGGUGGAACGUGGGCUGAAGACAAUAAGGACUGGGUCAACUCAUUGAUUAGAGAUGUCGCUAACCCUAGCACCGAUGACUCUUACUUCCCAGUAUCUCGUAUGUUCGAUUGGUUCGCCGGUCACUCCUGGGCAGCUGGUCUAGCUGCAAAUGGUGACGGUAAAAAUGAAGAAUCAUCAUCUGAAGAUUACAACUUCUCCUACGGUAUGAAGUUAUGGGGUCAUGUUAUUGGAGAUCAAUCCAUGGAGUCUAGAGGUGACUUGAUGUUAGCAGUUCAAGCCAGAGCAAUGAAUAUGUACUUCUUAUAUUCAGACGACAACACCGUUGAACCAUCUGAGUAUAUUGGUAACAAAGUCUCGGGUAUUCUCUACGACAAUAAGAUCUGGUACUCUACUUUCUUUGGCUCUCCAGACACAAACCCCGAAUACGUUCACGGUAUCCAUAUGCUUCCAAUUACCCCAGCUUCGUCUCUUAUCAGAGGUCCAACAUUUGUUCAACAAGAAUGGGAACAGCAGGUUGAAACAUUCCUUAGCGAUGUCGACAGUGGUUGGACUGGUAUUUUGCAGCUAAACAGAGCGUUAUACGAUGCUGACUCCUCAUAUAGCUUCUUCUCAUCCAGUAGUUGGAAGUCAACUUACUUAGACAACGGUCAAAGUAGAACAUGGAGUUUAGCAUACUCUGGUGGUAUAGCAAAUGCCAAUUAG